CGUCUCCCCACACUGCGCGUCGAAAUCAGGGUUCAUAGGUUCACGAAUAAUUCCUCACAACAAGCAUCGUGUCCAACAACAGACGAACCUCGGGGUCGUUUACUCCUAAGAGUUUAACCUCCGAGGACACCUUGAAUGAUGGCAACGGAACCCUACGGCACUGCAGGAUAUUUUCCCUCCCUGCUCUCACAAAUUCACGACGCUUAUCCUGACAUUCCCAUUGACACUGUGAUUUUUCAGGCUAUUUUGCUAUGCCUUGUUGCUGGAAAGUCCUCUACAGAUGCAUUAACUGACCCCGGUGCACAGACUUCUUGUGGGAGUAAAUAUCUGCUGCUGCGCACCCGCGAGGAAGACGUGAGCAUGGUGGCCAAUAUCGUCGUUACGACUCUAACCACUGUCUUCGGCCUCCCGAGUAACAAAUCUCGGAUCAAACCUACGACAGCUGCUAGUCUAGGCGCAGCCUCAGCUUCAAGUUCACGCGUAACCUCUUCAUCCAGUGCUAAGCGUUUCACAGCACAGACAGCAGUCCCACAAUCGGAUCAGUUCCUCCGCUCGUUGUUCUUCCGACCCCAAAGACAUUCACGGGUAGAGUCAAUCCUUACGAGUGAGCGAGACCGUAGGAACAGCUCUAGUCGCAGGUCUGCUCGGCAUUUCAAGAGAAGGUCGGCGACUUUGCCUCCUGAGAACGUCUUGCACGAUAAUUCCGCGUUGGGCGUAGGUUUACUUGCGCCGAGUGUUACCAGUCAUUUGAAGGAUACAACGGAUGAAAGUUUUUAUGAUGCGGCAUCGAUGGCUUCUUCAAGAAGGCCUCUCUUGCCUGAUGGCAGAACACCGGCUUCGACAUUGAGGAGUAUCCGUCCUCAAGCUCCGAGGUUACAAACAGACCCUACACCCCUCAUUUCCAUAUUCCAGCCUCCCUCAGUGAGCAAUGCUAGUGCUAAAGCGGCACCAUCUAUCGGGCAUACAUCUUCAGCAAGUAUAUCAGGAAUUGUUCUGCCAAAGGCUUUGGUCGUUUCUGGAUUAGAGCAUACUGAGAUAUCUGCACAGCGGGCGUUGACGCAGGUCCUUACGGAGAGAAGGCUUGUAUUGGAGAAUGAGCAGGAGCACGACAACGGUGAAGUUUGGAACCUGCCAGAGGACUUCAUUUUCGUAUAUGUCUGUCCCUCGGAUGCGAGUGAUAGACCGCCUAUCCUACCAGGACUGCUCGACAAGUUCUCUAUGAGUGUAGAUGUCACCAUUUCCCCAACGGUCCGUCAAACAUACAAUGCGUAUCGUGCACUACAAGCCCCCUCCUUCCACUCCCCCUCCCCCCGAUCACCAACAUCUCCACUGAAACCACUGACUCCUUCAUCCGAAAUCACACUACCAACCGUGAAUACAAGGCCGAACUUCAUACGUCCAGCGUCAGCCGGCCCACCACCCAAUAAAACCCCUAUCAUCACAUCUUCAGAACUCGCGAGGCUCAGGGCCUUGACGAACUCUCCACCGCUGGGGUUAUCGGAGUUGGGUAAAAGGACGCAAGAUGCAUAUACAUCGAUCCAUCCUUCAUUGAACAUGUAUCUCGCGGAUCUCUUCUCUGCAACUCGCCACCAUCCAGAAUUGGACAGUUCACUCCUAACGCUGCGUGCACAUCGAGAUGCUGCAGACCUCGUACGCGCAUUCCGAGUGAUUAGCGGAGACUCCUUGGGUACUGAGCUCAUCUCGUCUAUCUCUUCGAAUGCCUUUGCCAAUGGGUUGCGAGUAAGUGACGAGAUGAAUAGGACAAUAACGAGUACAGAGGGAGACGCGGAGAGCUCGAGAGCAUUGAGCAAGGCGGACGAUGAGAGUCUCGGUUGGGGCGGAAUGGAUGAUGGGGACGAAGUGCUCAUGAACCUUCACGGACAUGAACAUGCAAAGAGCAUGGUAGCUGUUCACGUUCAGGCACCCGAUGCCUCCUCAAGCCAGGACAUGCCUUUCGUUAUUGGCGAUCUAGGAUUGAUAGAGGGGCCGGAAGUAAAGUUUCCAGAGCCUCCUCCAGAGAUAUGGGACGUGAGCGAAGUAGAUAUUGCGAGGAUAUUCCCGAGAGUCGUCUCGCAUAGGUUGAAAGUUAGGGAAGGGCCGGAUGAUGAGAUCUUGGGGAGUUUGAUGUUCCCCGCGGCGGAGGAACCGAAGAGGUGGAAAGCUGCUGGGCAGGAGAGGACGUCGACCAGGAGAAGUGUGAAGGAGAUUCUUGUCGAAAUAUUGUCAGAUGUAUAGAUAAUUUGCGCGAUACUCAUCGGAUUCAUAUUGUAGUAAGGAAUGGUAAUACCAAUAUGAAGUUGCCCGAAGCGAAGAGACUACUCGAAAAGACGUUCAUUUC